CUCUCAACGAUGAAGAGAGAGAGGGAUAACAUUGACGACGAUGAUGAUCAGAGGCCUCCAGUUGGGCCAAAUAGAACAACUUUUAGGAUCAGUCCAGAAAGCACGUGUUCCAACAUCAACAACGAUAGUAAUCACAACCCCCCAAUUCCUCCUACCACCACCAUCAACAUCAACAACAACAACAACAACGUUGUUAGUGCUAAUGCCAAUGCCAACAAGGGCACGAGCAUCAGCAACAGUAGCAACAAUAGCAACAACAAUAAUCAUAAUAAUAAAGAACAGGACCGGUUCCUCCCGAUAGCCAAUGUGGGCCGGAUCAUGAAAAAGGUCAUACCAGGAAACGGUAAGAUCUCUAAGGACGCUAAAGAGACGGUUCAAGAAUGCGUGUCGGAGUUCAUCAGCUUUGUCACGGGGGAAGCAUCGGACAAAUGCCAACGAGAGAAGAGGAAGACCAUCAAUGGGGAUGACAUUCUUUGGGCCAUUAUGACUCUUGGCUUCGAGGAUUACGUAAAUCCACUCAAGCUAUACCUAACCAAGUAUAGGGAGAUAGAAGGGGAGAAGCUUAAUGUACCGAAACAACAACGUGUGGAACAACGUUUGCAACAUGAACAAAGCUCGAGUGUUCCUUACAAUAGUGUAUAUUCAACGACAAACAUGAUGUCUCAACCGUCUUUUGUUUCGAACGAUCCACCAUUUCCAUUGCCCUUUUCUCAAAACUCGAUUCAGACGACAACCACGUUGCCUCAACAAGACCAUGUAGACGAACAUUGGUGAAAGAAAAGGGAAUCAUUUUCUUUAACAUGACUAUGGUAUGUAAUAUAGCGCAAAAAACCCUUUUUGAUUCUAUGUGACAUAUAGGAAGAUAUAGUUCAAGAAUUUGAUCAAGACCAUGCUAUUUUUGAGUCAUGCACAGCCCUUUUUCUAUUUC